AUGGGUAAUCGAUUCUGCUGUACUGCACCUAAUCCAAAGAAUAUUGAGAAUUCACCAUUCUUUAAUCAAACAAGAUUUACUUUGGCUAAAAAGGAGCAGAAACAAAUAGAUUUUUUGAAUAACCUACGUUAGCAAUCUUUUUCAGCUAGGGAUUUUCAGGAUCAGUUACCAAAGAAAAAAGUAAAGGAUUCUUAGAAGUUAAAGUUUGUUGAGGCAUUCUCUAUUUCUAUUGGUGAAACUCCAAUUAAGUUUUUGUCCUUUUCUCAAAGAAAGUUCAUUGGAUUCAGAAAUUAAUACGAGUUUGAUAGGAAACGUUUAUUGAUAGCUUCUACUUCAGGUUUUUGUAUAGUUGGAUAUGAUAUAGAUGAAAAACCUUAGGUAUUGAUUAAUACUAGUGUAUCUGAAAACGAGUAGAUUGAGUAUAUUGGAUUCAUAGAUGAUGAAAAACCUUAGAAUGUCCUUUUGAUAACCAAGCAUCUUAUAAGAAAUAAAAUGAUCAUAAGAAUGCUUAAAAUUAAAAAAGAAAAUGAAAGAUCUUUUGCUGCAGUAAUGGAGGACAUUGAGUUAUAAAGAUAAAUGCAAGAACUAGUCAGGAAUAAACUAAUAAAUGGAGAAGCAUCUGAGCCUCGAUCUUCCUAUGACAAUUAUAAUCUCUUUUUAGAUUAAGAUUUGGAUCAAUUCAAAAGAGAUACAGUCAAACCAUAUAUUAAGGAUGUGCUUGAGACACAGGAAUCCUAGACAAUGAAUACAUAAUUAAGUACCUAGAAGUCUGUGAAUGAUCCAUUAAACUUUGAAUAACUUCAAAAUAAUCAUAACUUAAUAAAAGCAAUGGGUGAUGGAGAUUUGUUAGAGCCAUUUUCAGAUGAAGACGACAAUAAUAAUAGAUUCUAGACUUAACCUGAUGAGAGAAAUACUUCAAAUACCCAUAAUACUCUGCCAGAUACUAAUGAGAGAUAGACUGAGGAUGACAUAUUUGAUUUUCAAUUAUAGCUCCCUUCUAACAGGGAAAGUCGCAGCUCAUCUAUUAACGAAUAUCAAAGACUUAAAAAAUUGAGGGAAAAUAACAAAUUUACAUUUACUGGCACGGAUGGGACAAUUACCGAAAAUAUCGAUGUUAAUACUAGAUUUAGCACUGAAGAAUUCAAGAAAUUCAUGAGAGCAAAGUAAAGCUAGCAAAUAGUAUACUAAAUUUACGAGAUAUAAGAGUAAUCAUUGAAAGAAAGUGACUUAGCUGGAUGCUCAGGAUUUUCAGCUAUAAAUUAUUACAAUUACUCCUAAUUUAAAAAGCUUGUAUUUUGCAUCUCUCCUGACAAUACUUUCUUCUCUUAUCUAAUAAAUCAUAAACUACAUGAUUAGAUAAAAACAUAAAUACAACCAAAUGAAAAUCAGCAGUAAUCAAAUCAAUCAUCGGCUUCGAAGAGCUACGGAAAUUUAAAACCCCCUACACCUAAAAGUAUCCUAAAUAAAGAACCAAUAUUAAUAAAUACUCACCACACUUAGUAUUAUGGAAAGAUCUUCUAAAAUAAUUAUUAGUAUAAAAAAAUCAAGUUCGAUGGGGCAGUUUAAUCUCUAGACUUCGCUAUGGAAAGAUUAUACAUUAUAUACAAUGAGAAUAGCUAUGAAGAUACUUCAAGUUCAACUUAAGAGCAAAUGGUUAAUAUGAAAUAUGUGCUAGAUGUGGCUCAGGUCAAUGGUAUUUUAUGCAAUAGAUAUGAUAUUUAUGAUUGCUUUAAAGAUCAUGGUUUAGAGCUUGUGAGACUUACUUUUGUAUAAAUUCCCUAGCUUAAAUGGUCUACAAGGCAAGCAAAUCUUUAAGGAUUUGGUAAUUCAAGCAUUGCUGGAGGUGAAACUCUUAAGAAAAUCGUAUUAACUGGCGAGGUUUUAUAUCUUAAAUAGCGCAGAUGUUUCAUAAUGAUUUUUAACUUGGAAGAAAACUAAGCAGAGACUAUAAAAAUUAUAGAUACGAAUGCGGAAAUAUCUUGCAUCAAUUAUGGUCCUUAUGAUAAUGGGCACAUUUUAGUUGGCUUGACUGAUGGGAAACUUAUUGCAUUCGAUUAUCUCACUCUUGAAAGACUGGAGAGCGUGAAGAUUUUCGAUGAUAUAGCAAUCACAUCUAUAACAUUUGAUCCAACAAACUAUAUAUUCGUUGGAAGUGAAACUGGAAAACUUAUAUGUCUAAGCUAUAUUGAUAAAAAGAUGCAUUAUUUAUAUCUAGAUCUGGGUAAGAAUAAGUUUUGUACUGUUCAGCUGGCAAGGAAUCAGACUCCUGAUCUUAAAACUGAAAAUAAAAUAGGCUAUCAACAUGUAAAGGGCAACAGUAUAUGCUGUGUAUGA